GAUAAAACUAUCCCAAAGGAACAGUGCACAUGACUUGUGAGGGAACGUUAUCGAAUAGCUCAGGGAGUGACAGGAGGCUAGAUCAAACAGCUGGGGAAUGUAUGUGGAGAGAGAGUGAGACAGAGAAAGAGAGAGACAGAGAGAGAGAGGGAAGAGAGGAGAGGAUAGAGAGAGAGUGAGAGAGGACAGAGAGAGAGUGAGAAAGAGAAAGAGAGAGAGAGGGAGACAGACAGAGACAGAGACAGAAAGAGAGAGAAGAGAGACAGGCAGAGAAGAGAGGAGGGGAGGGAGGGAGCGAGAGAAACAGAUAGACAGACAGACAGGACAGAAGCAGAGAGAGAACAGAGAGGAGAGAAGAGGAGAGCAGAGGAGAGGAGGAGAGGAGAGAGGUGGAGAGGGACGGGGAGAGAGAAAGAGAGAGAGAGGAGAGAGAGAGAGAGAGAGAGAGAGAGAGAGAGAAGGGGGCGGAGCAGGACUAAUAUUGGAGCCUAUGUCGAUGAGAUCUCUGUUCUCAUCAGACCAUGAAGUAUGUGUGCGUAUGAUGCUCGCUGAAGGAAGCUCCCAGGCAGUUUAAAUCCAGUGUCACUGAACCAGAACUCGCUGCAAUCCAGUCUCUUCUUGUUAAAGUCUGGUGUAACAGAGAACAAGAAUGUCCCUGUUUAAAGAAAGAAAGCUUUCAUGACCUUGGGAUCUGCUGUGAGGAUCAUCGGGGUCUCUCUUCCAACCAUCCAAAAUAUUUAUCAAGAGCGCUGGCCACAUAGAUUGGAAGAAGGAAUAAAUAAAAUGAAGAAGUUUAAGCGUCGAUUCUCACUGUCGGCCCACAGAACAGAAACCAUCGAGGAGUCGCUUGCCGAAUUUCAGGAACAGAUCACUAACCAGAUAAACAACAGGAAGAAUGACAAUAUUGCACGCGAAAAUCUUCCACUGACGUUGAACGUGCACUCGGACAGAGUUGCACCAGAGAGUGUCCGUUCACCAAAUUUGCUGCACUACAGGAACAAUCGGCAGCGCAGGUUCUCAAUGGAGGACCUGGGCAAGAGGCUGUCACUCCCGAUGGACAUCAGGCUCCCGGAGGAAUUCCUACAGAGACUGCGACUGGAGAGCCCAUCCCUCCCCAAAGCUCAGAGCAGGAACUCCCGCAGAGUCUCUUUGUCGGACAUUGGAUUUGGGAAGCUGGAGACUUACGUCAAGCUGGACAAGCUAGGAGAGGGAACUUAUGCCACCGUGUUUAAGGGAAAAAGCAAGCUGACAGAAAACCUGGUGGCGUUAAAGGAAAUCCGACUGGAGCACGAAGAGGGAGCACCAUGCACUGCAAUUCGUGAAGUUUCCCUGCUGAAGAAUCUGAAGCAUGCAAACAUUGUCACCCUGCAUGACAUCAUCCACACGGAACGCUCCCUCACCCUGGUGUUUGAGUACUUGGACAGCGACCUAAAGCAGUAUAUGGACAACUGUGGGAACAUCAUGAGCAUGUACAAUGUCAAGAUAUUUAUGUUCCAAUUGCUGAGAGGAUUAUCCUACUGCCACAAGCGGAAGGUUCUACAUCGAGACCUGAAGCCACAGAACCUGCUCAUCAAUGAACGAGGAGAGUUAAAAUUAGCUGAUUUUGGUCUGGCAAGGGCAAAAUCUGUCCCUACCAAAACCUACUCAAAUGAAGUAGUGACCUUGUGGUAUCGACCCCCAGAUGUCCUGAUGGGUUCAACAGAAUAUUCCACCCAGAUCGACGUAUGGGGAGUUGGCUGCAUUCUAUAUGAAAUGGCUGCUGGAAGGCCAUUGUUCCCUGGUUCCACCGUGAAGGAAGAAUUACACUUAAUUUUCAGGCUUUUAGGAACUCCCACAGAAGAUGCAUGGCCAGGAAUAACAUCAAAUGAAGAAUUCAAAGCUUAUAGCUUUCCUCAUUACCGACCUCAACCAAUGAUACAUCACGUUCCCAGGCUGGAUACUGAAGGAUUAGAUCUUCUUUCCAAUCUUUUAUUGUAUGAAGCUAAGAAGAGGAUUUCGGCCGAGGAUGCCCUCCUGCACGUUUAUUUCAAGAGCUUAGGAGAGAGGGUGCAUCUUGUCCCGGAUAAUAUCAGUAUUUUUACUUUGAAAGAAAUCCAAUUGCAAAAGGACCCAGGUUACCGAGGGUCUUCAUAUCCCCAGUCUGACAGGGGGAAGAAUCGAAGACAGAGUGUACUAUUCUAGAUGUGCCAACCGUCACGUUAUGAAGGAACAACAGCUCUUCAUGGAUCAAGGUGAGGCCACAGUCAAACAAGACAAUGGCUUCGUGAGAUCAACAUCAGUAAAAUGUGAUGAAAUGGCAUUAGGAAAUGUCAUCAGCAAGAGGAGGAGCCCAUUCAUCACAUCAUGUUCAUGCUGCCGUUGGUCACUGGUCCAUGCAUAUCAUGCUUCCAUCAGGUCACCUCAGUUCCUUAACUCAAUAUCUAGUGAAGCCUGGCCUAAGUGCCACAAACUGUUCCAUUGACUCAAAUUGCCAAAAUGCCAAUCUGAACAUCUCUUGAUUGUGAGGCUUGGAUGCCGUAUCCCAUCAUCUCAGAGCAGCUUUUGUGUUGGAGCUGUCUUCCCAAGACAUCAGGAGAGGUCAGCAUUCAUCAGCCCUCUCUUCUAGGCCCAUGGAAGUCUUUCACCUUCCAUCUUCCACAAUGGUGUUUUCAAAUGGUGUUGUGGAUAGUGUGGAAGGUUGUUGUAGGUAGUUUGUGAUGAGAUACUGACAGAAUGCAGAGCUGGGCUGAGGAAUAGCCAAAAAAUAUGAAGUGAUUCACCUUAGAAGAUCAAACUUGAAGGCAGAGUACAGGGUUAGUGGCAGGAUUCUUAGCAGUGUGGAGAAGCAGAGGAAUCUUGGGGUCUAUAUCUACUGACCCCUCAAAGUUUUCCAUGCAAAAUGAUGGAUGUUAAAGAAGGCAUAUGGUAAGUGGGCUUUCAUUGGUAGGGUGAUUGAGUUCAAGAGCUGAGAUGUAAUGUUGUUUUUCUAAAAAAAAUGUGCGGUAUUGUGUUCAGUUCUGGUCGUUUCAUUGCAGGAAGAAUGGGAAAGCUUUAGAUAUUUAUCAGGAUGCUGCCUGGAUGAGAGAGCUUCUCUUCUGAAGAUAGCUUGAGAGAGCUAGGGCUAAUCUCUUUGGAGAGAAGACAGAUAAGAGGAAGCUUGAUAGAGAUCUAUAAGAUGAUGAGAGCCACACAUUGAGUGGACAGCCAGUGACUUUUCCCAGGGUAGAAUUAGCUAAUAUGGGAGGACAGGAUUUUCAGGAGGAAUGUAAAGGGGGUGUCAGAACUAGAUUUUUUACACAGAGUGGCGGGUGCAUUGAGCGCAUUUUUAGGAUUGGUGGUAGAGGCAGAUACAUUAGGGAUAUUUAAGAGAGUCUUAGGCACAUGUAUGGAAGAAAAAUGCAUGGCUAUGUGGGAAGGAAGAGAUGGAUCUUAACCUGUCACCACAACAUCGUGAGCCGGUUGCACCAUGCUGUACCAUUCUACAUACUAUGCAUGAUUGCAUCUUCUGUCUUUGGGUGUGGGGUGGAAGGGGGAAGACACGAUGACAUGGAUCUCAGUCUGCCUAUAGGCAAAGGCUUAUAAUGAACCCAUGGCCCACAGACACAUGGCAGGCCAAAGGAAACAAGUGCACCUCAAGCUAUGAAGGUCUGUCUAUCGUCGUAGACGUGAAGCAAGUCCGGUGAGCAUGGACUCAUCGUGAGUCAAGGUUUCGUAGGGUUCUAGCUGAACUGGGCUGCAGCACCUGGGAGAAACAAUCUUAUAUUGGACCCAAAUGGACAGGGGCUGAAAGUGUGUCCAAUAGUUGUGGGGCCUUCGCAAUUCUGUGCUCAGGGAACAGAGCUGACUGUGAACACAGGCGAUUCAGGCCAAAAGAAGGCCCAGGGGUUUCGAGUUAACAGUGAGCUUAGGGAUUGUCCAGGCUGGUAGUGGGCUGAAAGGAAAUAGUUGUUUGCUAGAAAUGUUAUUUGACUCUUUUUUUUUUCAAAUGGUGCCAAAAAUGUGUAACACUAAAUGGUGGUUGUAAGACAAAAUGGUGUUAAGCUUGAAAUGUAGAAGAGUAGGUAGUAUUGGUGCAUAGCCUUUGGGAGUAGAUAAUGAUGAAAAACAUGCUUAGCUGGGUAAAGGAAAUUGGUGUGCAGGUACUGAUACCGUUUGGCAUCUUGCCAUGGUUAAGUACCAGGGCAUGGGGUUUUAAUAAUAUAAAAGGUAGGUGCUUUCUGUGCAGGGUUACUCCUGUUUUGGACUUAGGGCCAGGUAAUUCUGACCGAUGGUGCGUCCAGGAUCUUCAAGGUUUCCAGGCUUUAUGUAGGCCCGUCAGGUGUAACCAGAUCCUUGGUACUGGGGACAAGCCUGGGAGAGACAGACUCUGACACGCAUUCCAUGUCUUUGCCAAAGGAGUUGGAAAGUUUUGUAGUGAUAUAGUGGUGAUGCCUCUCUGGAGGUUUGUGGAGCCCAUUGUAGAUGAUCAUGCAUGAUCCAAUAUACUGCAUGCAGAGGGGCAGGGAUCACUGCUAUAGCUUAGACUUGGAGGUAUCCAGUCAUAAUCCCCCAGAUGAUGACAACACCUCACUGGGCACUCAGCCGAGCACACACACCAAACAACAUGCCUGCACUUCCUCUCAUACUGAGCAGAGUUACCAUUAGGUCCCAAACAUGCUUGGUGUUUGGAUAUCCUUUGCCUGAGAUGGCUGUAAACUGUGCUGAUGUACUGGAAGUGGUUUUGACUAUUGAAAUCUACUUUCAUUGGGAGGUAGCUCUUGAGAUAUGAAAGGUGAUUUAUACUUGCUAGGGUCUUGCUAUGGAUCUUGAUCAUUGCCAGUUGUUUUGUUAUUGUCACGUGUGCCAAGAUACAGUAUGUCAAUACCAUACUUAAGUACACUGAAUUAGUAAAAAGAAAAACCGAACUCAGUGUAUAGUGUGGUAGCUAUGGAAAACUGCAGUUCAGGUAAAGGAAUAGAGAGCAAGAGCCACUGUAAGGUGGAUUGGAAGAUGAAGAGUUCAUCUUUAACCUAAGAGAGAUUCAGUCAAGAGUCUGUUAACAGCAGCAUAGAAGCUAUGCUUGAGUCCACUGGUACAUGCCUUCGAGUGUUUGUAUCUUCUGCUGAGCGAGAGAGGGGGCAAUGAUCAUUAUGGUUGAGGUCCUUGCUUAUGCCGGCAGGUUCCACGAGACAGCGGGACGUGUAGGCUGAGUCAGUGGAGGAGAGGCUGGUUUGCACAUUGGACUGGGCUCCGCUCAGAACUCUCCGCACUUCCCUUCCGUCUUGGGUAGAGCAGAUGCCGUGAGUGAGGUGUCUGAGGGGAGGGCUGUGCAGCUGCACAACGACUUCGUUGUGAAUGUGGCUGACUCUGAGCUGCCUCAGAGAGAGGGACAAUAACUGUUGGCCCAGCCUGUCCAUUCGCAUCCUGAGAAUGUAUUUUAAAAAAAGAAACUUAAAGACCAUUGACAAAAUUUGAAAAUGCACUUCGCAUUUCUUCCCCAGUCUCCAUCAUUAUAUUAUAAGCUAUGGAGUUCCUAGCGCUGACUCCUCUGUCAUAUGCCACCCUCGAGUCUAAGAAACUGCCUUGUUCCACAGCUCUUUGUUCAGUAUACUUUAGUCAAUUUUGCACCAAUGCUGAUUCUGUUCCUUUAUCUGAUGGACUUCAAUUUUGCCAACAUGUCUAAUACUUAGUAUUUUGAAGUUAAUCUGCCCCGUAAUUUUCCAUGUUCUGACAUUAUUGUUGGAUAAAACUCGGGAGACAAUAAGUAUUUCAAAGCGCAGUCAUUAAUGCAAUGUUACAUAGAUACCUUUGUUUCAAUAGCCAUUACAAUGUUUUGUGGCUUUGCAAAAUCUGACAAUUUACCAUUGACAGUAGAGCAAUCCAGACAUCAUUAUUGUACUUGUGAAUAAGUCUGGUCAUUCAUCUUCCUUGAGACAGCCCAGACUUCUUUGGCUCUUCCUUUCUGUGGGAGAUUCCACCACUUUGAAGAGGGACAGGGCAGUUUUCUGCAAACCAAGACUAAUUACUCAACCAACAUGACUAAACUUAGUUUAAUUAAAAUCCUCUUCAAAUUAUAAUUUAAAUCAUGAUUACUUUGCUGCUAUUAGGAUCUUGCUAAGCAUAAAAUUAAAUUCUGUGUUUCCAACAUGAUUCCAUUAUAUACAGAGGACCCUGGGACAUACAGAGGUCACAAAAUCAUACCAACUUGAAAUUCUCCUGGUGUCAAACAGGUAUUGUGAAGUUAAUAUAAUAAAUAUGUUAUUUUUAGCUAAUGUGAUACAAGUAACACAUAGAAACUCUGAGCUUCGACUGAUUUCUGUCUAAUAGAAAAAAACAUUCUUCCAAAAACUAGUCCUUGCCAAUAAUUCUUUCUGAUAUUAUUUUCCAUGAAUGGGUAAUUGUCAUUACCCAAGUACUGGGAAUUUCACCAUCGGUUAUUAUUUUCAUUAUCUACGCGCUUCAACAGCAGCAUCUGUGGGGUGACGUGGUAGUAUAGAGAUUAGAGUGAUGCUAUUACUGCUUGCUGGGUUAGAGGUCAGAGUUCAUUUCCAAAGCCACCUGUUAGGAGUGUGUGCGCUGUCCCGUGACCUCAUGGGUUUCCUCUGGGGGCUCCAGUUUCCUCCCACAGUCCAAAGAUGUACUUGUUAGGUUUUUGGUUACUAUAAAUUGUCCUUUGAUUGGCUUAGUGUUAAAUCAGUGAGUUGCCGGGUGGCACAGCUCAUUGGGCAUGAAGAUCCUGCUCUGCACUGUAUCUCUAAAUAAAAACAACAUUCCAGCUUCUUCUACAGAGAGCCACGCAGUUGAGGAGUGUCACCACAGUACAACAUCUGUAGCACAUGCAAGAUGAUGGAGGAACUCAGCAGGUCAGUCAGCAUCUAUGGAAAAGAGAAAAGAUUUGGUGUUUUGGGCCAGGACCCUUCAUCUGGUAUUUAUCAUAAUGUGUACUUUUUAUUGUCCUCUCCUAUCCACAGGAAAAAAUGCUUCUGUUACUUGAUGUUCACCCAAAAUUAAUCUGCAUUGUAAUGAUUUAGGAAGCAAAAAUAGAUGGCUAAGCCCCUACUCAGAUUUUCCAUAUUGCUGGUGUCCUUGUGUUAAAAGUGUGAUCUUAAAAACUGUUAAAGAAUGAUAGGCCAUUUGUUUGUCAUUAUAAGUACAGAAAGAUGGUGAAAGCACAGGACCCAGACUAUGUAUGUGAUGAGCUCAAGAAGGUCUUGACGCAAAGCCUUUGGUACUAAUUACUUCAUGUUCACAAGGCUGUUAGUGAUAUGUUAAUGAAAAUAAGGCUGGAACAACCCAAAGGUUGAGGCAUUGCAGAAAGUUACUGUGCAGGUUCAAUAAAUAAUUUUAAAAAAGCAUUUGAAUGUUGACUUUGGUUACAAGUGAAUUUGGGUAACUGGGACUGGAAUUUCUACAUUGUUUGGAAGGAACAUUAAGAUGGUGCGGUGGGAGGCCUCUCUUCCUGACACAGGUAGGUGAGAUUGGCUUUGAGGCUAAUUAGCUUGGGUUGGUCUGGAGAUUGGGCAGGUGAGAUUGGUCCAGAGAUUAGGCAGGUGAGAUUGGUCCAAAGACUGGGCAGGUGAGAUUUGUCCAAAGUCUGAGUAGUUGUGUUGCUUUCUAAAUUGUUAAAUGUAGCUAGUCCAGAGUUUAGGUACAUUCCGUUGGUUUUUGUGACAGAAGGAAAUGAUGAUCCCAGUGGCUAAAAUGCUGAAGGAAUUUAGCAGGUCCAGUAUUGUCUAUGGAAAGCAAUAAUCAGUCCUGAUGAAUAGUCUGGACCCAAAAUGUCAAUUGUUUAUUCCUGUCCAUAGAUGCUGCCUAACCUGUUGAGUUCCUUCAUCAUUAUAUGUGUGUUACUGUGGAUUUUCGGUGUCUGCAGAAUGUUCCAUUGGCUAAUAUCUUUCACUCUGAUAGGUCCACACUCACUUAUGCACAAUGAAACCUCAAGCAUCCAUUGUUAACACUUGAACACCAAUAGAGAAAUCCAAGACAUUCUAAUCAAAAUAAGGAAUUAUUGGUCUUAGUAUAUGUACAAUAACAAUUUGAAAACUUCUAUGGCUCACAAAAUUAGCAAUGGGGAGUGGUAUGUGUAUUUAACAGAGGUUCGUCUGAAGCUCAGGGUUUCUUUGACUUCUGUUUUGUGAAUUCUAUGUGAAUGUUGAAUAGUACAGCCUGUACCAUCACUCCACCAUACAUUAUAGAGAAAGGAAAAAAAGUAAUAUUGUCUCACUCCUGGAAUUUAUUCAAUGUUUAUUAAAAUACGCUUUGAAAAAAAUUCUUGAUU